AUGGGUGAUAUUAUUGGAAAGUGUGCAAAGAAGACGAAUGAAGUGCAUAUUGUGGAGAAGUGGCCAAGACGGCAGAGGACUGAAGCUGGCCAUCUGGACGAGGACGAACCAACGAAAAACAAUUCAAAUGCUAAGGCAAAAGCGAAAGCUAAGGAGGACGACUCUGGUUCUGAGUUUCAUGAAGAACCGUUUCUCAGUACUACAACAUCCUCUUCAAUGUCAUCUGAAGGGCUUACAUCGCAUGCACUGAGGCAGAAUCAUGUCUCUCAACAUCCGCCACCUCCACGAUUGCAAAUCCUUACUGAGGAGGCAGAAAAGGCAGAUCAGCGUUGGUACACUAAAACUGUCUGGUUGGAUGCGGGAGUACACUGCUGGCUGUGGGUGGAUGAAGAAAAGGCUGCGAUGCUCUUUAAGUCUGGGGACCGUCGUUUGAUCUCAAUUGCCCGUCGAUGCAACUGCUUAAUCGAGCUUGGCUCAAAUCAGCGUUACCACAUCCACAAAGGGCUUCAAAGGCGAAUUGAUAUAUAUGCGCACGAUGAUAGGUCCCUCACAAAAUGUCUGAACCUGUUGGAGGAGACGUUUUGGAGCUUCCGUUUGCGCAAUCUCACAUUUCCUUGA